AUGCGGUGCGUGAACAAGGCCGCUGAGAGUGCGUCUGCACGUCUCUGUGCAGACGCCGAAGCAGAAACCGCUGCAACCGAUGUAUCAUCUGUUGGUGCAGGCGCUCGUCAUGAAGACACUUAUGUCUUCACAGGGUAUGAGCUCGGUGUCUCGUACUCUCCUGAUACGGAAGAGGGAUCCGUAUUCGAAGGCGGUUGA